AUGGGAAAAGAAGAAAACAAUGACCCCAAAGAUGUGCAAAGAAAAGGAAAAGCCAAGAUGCAACUCAAAAGAAAUAUAGGUUAUUUUGAUGGGGUAAGUUUUAUAGUAGGAUCAAUCGUUGGAGCAGGGAUCUUCGUGUCUCCCACAGGGGUAUUAAAGCAUUCCUUACUCAAUGUUGGUGUUGCACUAACGAUCUGGACUGCAUCUGGGCUCGUUUCUCUGAUGGGUGCCCUCUGCUAUGCGGAGCUGGGAACUGCUCUGCCCUUCUCUGGAGGAGAAUACAGCCAUAUUAAAAGAGGCCUUGGAUCCCUACCUGCCUUCGUGUUUAUCUGGACAUCAACGUUCACCAAGCCGGCAUCAAAUGCUGCUCGAGCCUUGCUAUUUGCUGAAUAUGCCACGCAGCCUUUCUAUGGCAUUUGUCCUGCACCAGACGUGCUGAAGAAGUGCUUGGCCUUGGCCGUUCUCUGGUCCCUGGGGAUUUUGAAUGGCCUCAGCGUCAAAAUGUCUGCAUGGGUGCAGUUAGUUUUCACUCUGCUGAAGAUGAUGGCCUUGUCUGUGAUUGCUGUUGGUGGCAUAGUUCUCCUUGUUACCAGGCAAAAGGAGAGCCUGGCCAGGUUUGAGGACAUGUUUGGCUCAGAGAUCCCCAAUGCCUCACAGGUUGCCGAAGCCUUCUUCCAGGGGCUGUACGCAUACGGCGGCUGGUGGUCCCUCAACUACAUGGCAGAGGAGAUGAAGCGCCCCAGCAGAAAUAUCCCCUUAACUGUGAUGACUGCUGUUCCUGCAGUAAUUGUUUUUUAUUUACUAGUGAACAUCUCAUAUCUGAGUGUCCUCACACCUAAGGAAAUUGUUUCCUCAGUUGCUGUGGCAGUCACUUGGGCUGAUCGAGUGAUCCCCUCUGUUGCCUGGAUCAUUCCUCUCUCUGUUGCUGUCUCAAUAUUUGGUGCCCUCAACUGCAGCAUGUUCACACUAGGUCGAUUAAGCUAUGCUGGAAGUCAGUCAGGACAUUUACCUCUUUUAAUAUCCAUGCUUAAUGUCCACUCCUAUACACCAGCACCAGCCAUGAUUUUUUCAACCACCAUUGCAUCCAUUUUUAUCAUCCCCUCUGACCUUAUUAUGUUAACAAAUUACUUUGGAUUUUCUGCCUGGCUUAUGACUGGAUUGACUUGUGCAAGCCUGAUUGUACUUCGAUACCGGGAACCUCAUCUACACCGACCAUACAAAGUGUUUUUACCAGUUCCAUUUAUGAUGGUGGCGAUGUCUUUCUUCCUAGUUCUAGCUCCCAUAGUCUGGUCUCCAAACAUGCAAUAUGUUUACGCUUUCCUGUUUAUGCUUGGAAGUCUUAUUAUUUAUCUGCCUUUUGUACAUUUUAAAUUGCAUUUUGCAUUUCUUGAUAAAAUUACUUGCCACUUACAGCUCCUGUUAGAAGUCUGUCCUGCUGAUGGACCUGCUGAGGGCAAAUGUGAAUAAUGGCAGAUAUUUAAUCUCAGUGCAACUAAGAGCCAGCAGAGGAUUUUGUUUAACUGAGACUGUAAACAGUGCAAUUUUGAUGUUGGUCUGAUAUAUAGGUGUGCAUGCAUGCAUAUACAUAUGUAGAUGUAUACACAUAUAUUGCAAAUGUGCACAUGUAUGU